AUGUUAUCUCGCACGGUUCCUGGACUCUUCGCGAGGUGCUCCGUCUCUCGUAUGAAAGUAAUGGUUGGAGUUAAACGUGUUGUGGAUUAUACGGUCAAAGUGCGCGUGAGGAAUAACAAAAUACAAACCGAAUCCCUCAAGAUGAGUAUAAAUCCCUUCGAUGAAAUUGCCAUUGAAGAGGCUGUGCGGCUGAAGGAAAAGAAAAUAGCAACAGAAGUAAUUGCAGUAACUGUUGGGAAUAAAAAAGCCGAAGAAGGCCUCCGAGUUGCAAUGGCACUUGGUUGUGACAAGGCCAUUCACAUUAUUACACCUGAUGGAGCUAAUGGUGAAAUUGAAUCUCUUGCUGUGGCUAAGCUUUUCAAGAAACUCCACGAAGAAUUUAAACCUGACCUUUGGAUUUUAGGAAAACAAGCAGUGGAUUGGGAUCUCGGCACCACCGCACAACUACUCGCAGGUCUUUUGAAUGUACCGCAAGGGACUUUUGCAUCCAAAAUUAAUAUCAGCCGUGACGGUGUUAUAAAAGUUACACGCGAGGUGGAUGUGGGACAUCAAAUGGUGGAACUUCAAAUGCCGUGUGUUGUAUCGGCUGACCUCCGUCUCAAUACUCCGCGCCUUCCCAAACUUCCCAACAUCAUGAAGUCACGCAAAAAACCGAUUGAUGUGCGUAACGUACUCGAGAUGGGUGUAGACGUGACCCCUCGUCUUAUUUGUGAAACUGUAAAGGAACCACCAGUGCGUCAGGUUGGGAUGCAGGUAAAAACAGUUGAGGAAUUGUACGAGAAACUCCACAAUGAAGCUAAAGUUAUUUGA